AGGUGGACGCAACGGGCUUGCUGCAGAUGUUCAUUUCCUUUGCUCGUAUUCCUUUCCUUUCUUGGAGCAUUCCUGCCAGUGAGCAAGUAGCCUGAAAUGGCGACGCUACUGAAAAUGAGCAGAUGCCCACAAGACACAGAGCGGUACCUCCUGAGUGCAAAUGAGCAGAUAAUCAGCACAAUGGAGACCCAAGUGUCCAAUGGCCCCACAAGCAACAGUUCCCUCCCCAAUGGGCCACUGAUCAGUGCCAACGGUGCCACUGAUGACUCCAAAACUAACCUCAUAGUCAACUACCUGCCCCAGAACAUGACACAGGAGGAAUUCAAGAGCCUGUUUGGAAGCAUUGGAGAAAUUGAAUCCUGCAAAUUGGUCCGAGACAAAAUCACAGGGCAAAGUUUAGGCUACGGCUUUGUCAAUUAUGUUGACUCCAACGACGCUGACAAAGCAAUCAACACAUUGAAUGGCCUCAAACUACAGACGAAAACAAUCAAGGUGUCCUACGCACGGCCCAGCUCAGCUUCUAUCCGCGAUGCAAAUCUCUACGUGAGUGGCCUGCCCAAGACCAUGAGCCAGAAAGAGAUGGAACAGCUCUUCUCACAGUAUGGGAGGAUCAUCACUUCCCGCAUCCUUGUCGACCAGGUCACAGGUGUUUCCAGAGGAGUGGGCUUCAUUCGUUUUGACAAGAGGAUAGAAGCCGAGGAGGCCAUCAAAGGUCUGAAUGGGCAGAAACCCCUGGGUGCCAGUGAGCCCAUCACAGUCAAGUUUGCCAACAACCCCAGCCAGAAGACAGGGCAAGCGCUGCUCACACAUCUGUACCAAACCACAGCCCGGCGGUACACUGGACCCUUGCACCACCAGACUCAGCGAUUCAGGCUCGACAAUUUGCUAAACAUGGCAUACGGCGUCAAGAGUCCUCUCUCCUUGAUCUCCAGGUUCUCUCCCAUCACGAUCGACAGCAUGACAAGUCUGGCGGGAGUCAACCUGACAGGAGCCUCCAGUGCUGGCUGGUGCAUCUUUGUGUACAACCUCUCCCCCGAGGCCGACGAGAGUGUCCUGUGGCAGCUCUUUGGGCCUUUCGGGGCCGUCACCAACGUCAAAGUGAUCCGCGAUUUCACCACCAACAAGUGCAAGGGCUUUGGCUUUGUCACCAUGACCAACUACGACGAAGCAGCCAUGGCCAUCGCCAGCCUCAAUGGCUACCGACUGGGUGACCGAAUCCUCCAGGUUUCCUUCAAGACCAAAUAUUAAACCGCCAGACACCGUGAUCUUCUCUGGGAAGCAGGAGGCUCCUCCCCUUCCUUCUCCCCUCUGCCCGAAAGCCCAGCGGGGAGCACGGAUGCAGCAACAUGUCCGCCACUUUUUGAAAAUCCAACCUUGCUCUGGCAACGUGGCAGGGGAGACAUCUGCUCAGAAUAGGACACCUCUCUGUUUAUAUGCUUGGUGCCCCCAACCCCUGUCUCUCCCCCCCCUCCCAUUUUAGACUUUUCCUUUAUCUACCCAAAGUCCCCAGUUGUCCAUAACUUCUUUCACCUUGUGAAUUCUGACCUCUCUAUUGCUCUUUUUGGUGGGCAGGUUUUCUCACCCUGGAGGAUCCAUACUAGUCUCUGUAAGGUGUGAUAGAAAUACACACACACCCCCAAAUCCACAAAAUCAAAGAAUGUCAUAUAUUCUGAGCUAGCCUAGGAGGAGGAUUUAUAACCAGUCCAGCUCACCACCUUUGUUCUCCUUGAAUGCGACACAGGACAAAUGUGGUGGGGGGAAAAUGCUCUCAUCUCAUCCCUUGGUCUGAAUGUUAGCGAUAUUGGUUGUCAAUCCCACCACUUUGCCUGGCCCUGGAUUAGAAUGAUGCUGUAUUUGGAUUUAGCCCUUACGUCCUAAAUGUGGGUCCUUCUCGCUUGUCCCAAGAGAAGGCUCAUUCCCUGGGAAAAGCUGAGUCCCUGCUUUUUCCCAAAUUUUAAACCAGAUCUGAUCAAUUGCUAACUUCUUUGAGCGUGGGCCAUGGUGAUACCGAACAAGGAGGUUGGGGAUUUGGUGCCGAGUCCAAGAUGCCUUGAGUUCACGUGGGUUUCAGCCAGUCUUUGUGUGGAUUGCCUGAAUCAGCUUCUUUGGGACUUAGUCACUAUUUGAGAGUUAGAUGGUGGUAUAACUCAAACUCUUCUUCUUUUCUUUUCUUUGCUAUCCCUCCAAAAUGAAGCUUUCCUUCCCUUUCUUUUCUUGUUCCUAAAGAAAUGUUUAAUGAAGAAUAUGUAGGACCAAGCGUGGGGCCACCUGAAAGAGAGUCAGAGGAGGGAACGCAACCCCAGAGCUGUCUUUAUUGACCAUCCCGUGAGCUAGAAAGGUGUUUUUGACCAAGGGGAAGAUACUGAAGUGGGGUUGGGCCGAUGGGUGGGGUCUUCCUUUUUCUUUUUUCAACGUUAGAUCAAACAAAUGACCGAACAAAGGAGAGAAAAAAAUGCUGAAAUAGAAAAAAAAACCAACAAAAAAUUUUAAAAAGAUUUUACAAAAAUCUAUUUUUAUAAAAAAGGAAAAGAGACCUUGUUGGAAAUUUUUACUGGGAUUCUUGAACUUCACACACACUCACAAUAAAGGGAGAAAAAGAUGGCAUGCCAGACCACUCCUGCUGUGCACACCCCAAUGGCUGCUUUCCAAGGCCCUCUCCGGACAAUGGAAAAACAGCCAGUCAUCUUUUACAGAUAGGGCUACUUAUGAGUAACAGAAGAGUGUAACCCAGAGUCCCAAUGUAAUGAAUGAAUUGUGCUGGGGGUGUUCGUCGAGGCCUUGCUUUGGGGGAGGGAUAGCCAUGGUACUGUUCCUUCAUGGUCCCUGUGGCCCCAUCUACAUUGCCAUUUCUUAUAUGGCCAGUGAAGACUCAUAUAAUCCAGUUCUUACUUAGGCGAUCCCUCGUUGGACGAGUAAGAUGGCAGCCUGGCAGGCAUGUAGCCGG